CCAAUGCUGCUGCUUCUUCUGUAACAUCGUCGUCAUCGUCGCCGUCAUCACCCAUAACGAGUGAAGCUGCCGUAAUUGAUGCGAUUGUUCCUCCGAUGAUGAGUCAACGAGAGAAAGUCGCGACUACUUUUGUUACUGCUACGCUUGCUUCUUCAUUUUCACUUUAUUACCUACAUCGAAUAUCGCCGGGCACUGUUAAUAAAACAAUUGAUCUGACAUUAUUAGCACUAGUACGCGCUAUUGAUGUGUUAGUUCGAUAUAUAUAUCAGGAACGUAUUCCGGAGCAUACAAAACAGAAAUGGAUACCGAAAUGGUUGAGCGACCAUAUUGAUACUUUGGCAUUUGUGUGUAGCUGCAGUGAGAUCAUGUUUGCGUGGUUUUACGCUCCAAAGAGAUUGCCAAGCUCUUAUAUAGAAUGGAUAGAUCAUAUGGCACAUAUUGAUCCACGAAUUAUGGCGACACUUCGUCUCAUUAGAAAUGGAGAAAUUGAAUAUGGACGCGACACAGGCCAUUCAAGAAUUUUGAGCGAAUAUGCUGCUGAAGUAGGAUUAGAUCCUAGCAUGGGUGAUCCUGUUAAUGGACCAAUACCUUGCGUAUUGGUGCAUGGGAAUGAGACGAGAUUUUGCGAAGUUCAUGCAGGGAUAAAAUGGUUUCGAGGUUUUUUGAUGGCACUAAAAGUAUAUCUUCCGAUCCACGGUCUCCCACCAUUAGUCUUUCGCACUAAUGAAGUAAUACAAAAGCCAAUGGACUUUAUUACACACAUAUUCACAUCAACAUCACAGUCUGCAUCCUUCCUCGCAACAUUUAUAACCGCCAUUUGGUACUCUUGUUGUUUCACGCGAAGUCGAAUAGGACCCAUUUUACUACCAUGGGUAAACAAAACACGCUGGGACAGAUUAGGACCACUUCUCGGGUGCUUUGUAUGCGGAUUCUCGCUGAUGUUGGAGAAUAAACGACGUCGAAGUGAGAUGGCUUUGUAUGUGGCACCACGAGCAUUAAUCAGUUUCUGGAGUCGGUUGGUCGGCGAGAAUGAGUGGUGGAACGAAGCCAAUACAUUGAAAGAGUUGGGUGAGGUGGGGCUGUUUGGUUUUGCGAUGGGUGUGGUGGUCACGGCAAUGAAAUAUCGUAAGGGGAUUGUAAGGCCGAUGGUGAGAGGUGCGCUCUCUUGGGUGCUUGAUGUUUAA